AUGUAUAAGCUCCAGGUGGUAUUAGUUCCCCCCAGUGCCAGGGAUUCUCUUGUACCCUUAAGCUACCCAGCAAACCAGCCUGACUCGUCUCAGUUCAUGAAUGAUGGCAAUGGCAGUAAUAUACUGCCCAAAUCAAUGAUAAAUGGUACAGGUGAUAUGUCAAUGCAAUUUUCAAAUAACAACACUAUGACCAUUGGUUCUAUUAUACGUCCCAAUUACACAAAUCAAGCGAAGACAAAGAAAUUUUUACAUUUUACUAAACCAACAAAUUCCCUACUAGCUUUAUCAGAUGAGGUUCUAGCAAAAUGCGAAAAGAUGUACCCAAAUUUAAAUGAGGACCUGGAAAUAUUGACUUUACAAGAUAUAAAUGGAUGUGAUUUGGAUCCAGAUUUUACUGUAAAGGACAUCUUCAACAUCGAUAAUGUUGUGAUGGUUCUUAUCAAAAAUGAAUUAGAUGUCAGUUCUGCUGGCUCAACUUCCAUAUACAGAAAUUUCAAAAGGCAGAAGUUGAAUAAUGGGGGUGCUCAACAAUUAAAGACAUCUCCCAGAACCCAAUCCACAGGAGCCCUAAAGAUCGAAAAGAAACGACCAUCGACUUCAUCAGGAAUUAGAAAUCCAACCACUAAUGGCAAUUCUACAUUAAGAAUAUCUACACCCUUAGCUAACCAAAUAUAUCCGUCCCCUAUAAUGAAAAUGACGAACAACUCUGAUGAUGAGAGAGAUGACGUUCGUGAGAGAUCAUUCUUACCACCACCUUCACAACCUCAAUCACCUCCUAUACGUAUCAGCUCUGGUAUCAAUCAAUCGAAAAGAAUUAGAUCGACUAUUGUAGAGGAAGAUACAGUUUCUAGAUCAGGUACAGUUGACCCUGAUAAAUCCAAGCAACAAGUUAUGCUUCCGGGCACACCUGCAAACUAUACAAUGACCCCCAAUAGAGUAACACUCACUGGCCAAAGGGUCCUAUCUGAGAAUUAUAAUACAAACGGUAAUAAUAACGGUCUCAUAUUUGUAAGUUCUACACAAGGCCCAAAUAAAUCACAGCAAGGUCAACAACCAACUUUAUCAACACCAAGAAUAACGUCAGGAAUGUUGCGGAUUCCCGAACCACGUAUUGCUGAGAUAGAAAGAGAAUUACAUGAGGGUCCUUCAAGCCCUGCUUCUGCUCUACCUGCAAAAUCUGAUCGAAUUCCUAUGAAAAAACCUUACCUAGAAACAAUGGAGCAAGACGACUCAGAUAGAGAGUCUACAUCUGAUAAUGAAGUGACACCUAUACCAAUCGAGGAGGAAAAAUCAAAUGAUAUUUUUAAUACGUCGAAGUUUGGGAAGAUAAGUCAAAAACCCGACAAGGUCGUCAUUCAAAGAAAAUCGUCCUUGGAGAGUAAAGUGGGUAAUAAAAGGGUUGGUUCCUUGGCUGAACAAUUUCCUGAUGAUGACAUGAAAAGAAUAAGCUCAUUUUCUGAUGAAGAUGAAGAGGAAGAAUAUGCGAAAAAUCAAAAUAUCAAUUUACUCCCAAAUAUUGGUGAGAAAAAUGAGAAAAAUGAGAAAAAUGAAAAAGCAAUCACUACUCUAAACAAGAACGAGAAGAAUCAAAACUUUACCAUUACAUCUAAUGAAAAUAAAAUUUCAAGAUUAACGAAAUCGACACUUGCUGAAGAUGAAGGAGAGUUUUCUACAACAGAAAAGGAAGAUUUGCUCAAAAUGGUUGAUACUUUUUUACCGGGAUCACCAUCAAAGAAAUCCAACGGAGAUAAAGUAUUAGGUUCUACCAAAGGAGAACCAAAUCAGGAAGCAAAAGUUGAAAAUAAGACAAAAAAACCAACUUUGAAAGAGAUUGUAAGAGACUCAAAAGUGCCUGAUAAAUUGUUGAAUAAAACAAAAACUCCAAAGGGUAAAGUUUCAGAUACAAACCAACAAGUUAUAGAGAAAGGGGUAUCACAAAAAAGACUCAAUGCUGAACCCGCAGAGAAAAGGUUAAAUAAGAAAAUCAACGUUAAUAAAAUUGUAAAUGUUACCAAAAGUACAAAAACAGCGAAAAACGACCAAAUAAAUUCGUCUAAUUUAUCCGAGGAUGAUGAAACAUCUGAAGAAUCAUCUACUGAUGACGAAAGUAGGAUGGAAAGAGAUGUGAGAAUACUUAAACAGCCAGUAUCAUCGAAAGAAAAAAGUAGCAAGAAUUUACAUGCGGUAAAACAGAUGGAAGUUCCAAAGGGUUCCCAAAAUAGUGUAAAUAAGAUGUUACCAGAAGAUGCAGCUCAAAUGAUUGUUCAAAAAAAGAAAAACGAAAAUGAAGAAGUCAGCUCAACAAGUGAUUCAGAUUCAGAUUCAGAUUCAGAAAGACUUAUAAAGAUCGGUAAUAAAACUCAUAUGAACAAACCUAACAGUGUCAUUAAAAAUCAAAUUUCAAAGAAACCCGUGAAGAAGACGACCUUCGUAUUGCCAGCAAGUGAUGUAUAUUCAAAAUCUAAUAAGCCGAAAAACAAAGAAUUCCAAACACCUGAGUUUAUCCAGGAUGACUCUGAUUCCAGCGAAAAUACUUCCAGUGAUAGUGAAUCAGAAGAUGAUGCCACUGACACUUCUAAAGUGGAACAACAAAAUAAUAAAUCAAAAUAUAGAGAAAUUGCUAAACCUUUCGAAAGUAAUGAAUAUAGAAUGAUACGUGAGAUACUGAAUGGCAAUAAUGUACCAAAUGAUUCCACAAUAAAGGACACUCAAAAACCAGCUUCACAACCAAAGCCAACAAAUGAGAGUAACAACUCAAAGACUAAGAAAUCUGCGUCGAAAAGUAAGAAUAUUUCCUCUAAACCGUUGCCAGAGGUGCCUGAUCAUGAUAAGAAAAAUGAAAAUGAAAAUAGCUCACCGACAAAGAAGAUAAAAGAAUCUAAUAAUUUAGUAGGGGAGUCUAAGAAUAUUUCAGAUAAUAAGAAGUUUCCAAUUGUACAACAUGUUGAAAGGGAAAACAAUGAUGAUAAACAAAGAGAAAAAGAAAGCAAGGUUGCAAAAGAUAAAAAAAGCACCUCAACAAUUUUAUUAAAGAAGGAAUCUAUAAACACGGGUACAAAUGAUGCUAGAAGUGCUGAAACACAAAGCGUACCGAUCAAGGAGAAGAAUAGUACCUUAGAACAGAGAAAAGAAAAAAUUAAAAAUAUGAAAACUUCCACAGAAAGUCCUAAAGGUAAGAAAAAACAAUCAAAUUCGUUAGUUCCACCCAGAACAACGACAAAACCAAAUGAGCCAUCAUUAGAAGAAGCUUUGAAGGCGUCAAACAAUUCUUCUGAUUCAUCUAAUGAAUCAAAUUCUUCCGGCUCAUAUUCGUCGUCUAUGAUUGAAAGCUCUUCCGAUGAUUCUAGUGACUCCUCAUCAUCUGAUGAAGGUGAUUCAUCUUCAUCUAAAGUCAGUAGGAGACUAGUCGUUGCGACUCCUAAAGGUGAAUUAUCAUUUAUACCGAAGAAACCAAGUCAAACUGACUUUUCAGAUCUAGAAAAUAUGCCGCAAUCCACACAACCACAGCAGAAGUCACCUCCCAAAUUGGCUAAGCAACCACCCAAACAAACUUCGGAUGCUGCUCAUAAAAGUGAAUCGAAUGUUGUUGUUUCUAAACCUGUGAAUGAUAUUAAAGAGGCAAGCACAACCAUCAAACCGUCGUUAAGCUCUUUAUCUGACUUGGUUUCAAGAGGAAUCCCAGAUGUGAAAGAAAACAAGGCAAACAAAUCUAAUUCUAAACCUACACUCGACAAAACAGCUCAAGAGCCCACUUCAGGCUCUGACGAUUCGGGAGAAUCAUCAGAAUCAAGUAGCUCCGACUCAGAUUCUUCUUCCUCUGACAGUGAUGAAUCGUCAUCUUCUGAAAAUGAACAGAAGAGUUUCAUUAGUGCCAAAUCAGCAAGCGCAGCUCUAAAGAAAAAGAGUAAGAAAGUACGUGGUGGGUUUGCAUCCUUGAUCAAAGACUCUAAGAAGAAAUGA